AGUGACAGUUCGGCAUCGUUCCCGCCAACUCGCGCGCGUUUCAUAUACUCUCCUCAAUAGCUUUUUUAUUUGAAUAUUGUGAUAUUUUCUUUUUAAUUUACCGGAUGUGUGAUUUUGUGUGACCUUCUUGAUCGUUUUUGACCAGCUAGCCUAUCAUCCCCCAAAAACAAUCAAGAUUAGGUUCAUAUUUCGAGCUAUUGUCUUAAGUUUGACUGCAGCAUUUGCAGCAAAUAACUUUGCUUUUAUUACCAACGAAUACAAAAAUCCGUGCAAUUUCAGUGCAGCUUAAAAUGUGGUCACUAAAUAUAUGCUGUUUAAUACUAAUGUGCACACACUUGCUGCAAUGCGAGAGACAAUUCAAAAGCGUACCGGUUACCGUGAAGAGUUAUAAGGACGAAACUGUGUUGCUGCCCUGCUACUUGGACGAGUCUGAUGUCAAACCAAGAGUACGUUGGUACAAAGACGGCACGCUGCUGGGAGACAGUAAGGACCCGGGCACGCUCCUACCUCCUCGAGUGCAAAUGCACGCCAACUUCAGCAUACAGAUCAACGAAAUCAGGGAAUCGGACACCGCGGCCUAUACGUGCGAGGUAAUCCGACCGGAGCCAUGGGGUCCUAUAAGGCAAACGCAUUCCGUGGAAGUUCAGUAUCCUCCAACAGUAAUGACCAUACCGGACGAUGGUUUUCUCGAGGUCAAGAAAGGAGAAUUUGUGGAUAUAGGAUGCGAAACAACCGGCUUUCCACCUCCUGUUGUGGAAUGGAGAAAAGACGGAGAAGUCAUGGAGAUUCUAGAGCAUCGUUCUAGAAUACGUUUCAAGGCGAGUCACCGGAUGCAGGCCGGGGCUUACGAGUGUAUCGCCAACAACGGGGUGGGGAGCCCGGUGGCCGCGUCAAUCCGAGUCAUCAUUCAAGACGCUCCCGUAGUGAUCGCUCAGAGAACAUUCGUGCAUACGGCCCCAGGGCUCCGCGCGGCGCUCCUGGCCGACGUGCAAUUCGCAGUGCCGCCCGCCCGGACCGCCUGGUACCGGGACGGCCGACCCGUCAACACGGAUGACAGAGUACUGUCGAUAGCACAAGGCAGUACGUACCAGUUAAUAUUUAGAUCAAUCAGGACAACGGAUCUCGGUAACUACACUUUCCGAGCUGAGAAUAAGCUGGGAAUGGCUGACGUUUCAUACAAAUUGACAGGAGUACCGAACAUAGCGUCUUUCAAGGUAGACCCGGCACUAAACAAGGCGUCGCCCACUGGCUUCACCCUGGUGUGGGAAGUGGACUCCUACUCUACUAUUAUAGAGUACUAUCUCUGGAUCCGUCAGUACUACGGUAGGCCGGCCACCGACGAACCUGAUCCGCUGAACACCGACCCAUCCGCCAGCAUCUGGAGUAAGAUCGUCGUGCCCGGCGAUUCUAGUGAAGGACCUAUUCAUAACGCGCUAUACGUUGUGAGGGGACUGACUCCUUCUACGGUUUACGAGGCCCUAGUUGCAUCCAGGAACAGGUUUGGUUGGAGUAAGCUGUCGGCUGUUUUGCAUUUUGCCACCGAGCCUGGAGUUGGCAACACUCCCUCCGUUGUCGACUACAGCGACAUCUCGCCGAUAUUAGAAGACAUUGAAACGGAACCACAGAAUAUCUCACAAGCUCAAAUAUUCGGAAUUUACGAUUUCGUUGAUAAUAAUAAUUGUAAGAGAUCGUGUAUCUCCCAAACUUUGUUCGUCACAGCGUUAUUAUUGUUGUAUUUUAGAUUGUGCGUGUAAAUAAAUAUUUAAAUAAAUCUGUUCCGAUUAAAUUGU